CCCUGACUUAAACCCAGCCGCCUGUGCUGUAGCUGGUGCCCUGGUGUCCCAGCCUCAACACCCUACCCACAGCCACCCCACAGACAUGCUGGCAUCCUGGGUGCUGCUGCUGCUGGGCCUGAGGCUGCAGCUGUCCCUUGGUGUCAUCCCAGCUGAGGAGGAGAACCCGGCCUUCUGGAACCUCAAGGCAGAAGAAGCACUGGCUGCCGCCAGGAAGCUGCGGCCCAUCCAAACAGCGGCCAAGAACCUCAUUCUCUUCCUGGGUGAUGGGAUGGGGGUGCCCACGGUGACAGCCACUCGGAUCCUAAAGGGGCAGAUGAAUGGAAACCUGGGGCCUGAGACGCCCUUGGCCAUGGACCACUUCCCAUACCUGGCUCUGUCCAAGACAUAUAACGUGGACAGACAAGUUCCAGACAGCGCAGGCACAGCCACGGCCUACUUGUGUGGGGUCAAGGCCAACUACCAGACCAUUGGUGUGAGUGCAGCUGCCCGCUAUAACGAGUGCAAAACAAAACAUGGCAACGAGGUCAUGUCUGUGAUGUACCGGGCCAAGAAAGCAGGGAAGUCGGUGGGAGUGGUGACCACAACGAGGGUGCAGCAUGCCUCACCAGCCGGCACAUACGCACACACUGUGAACCGCAACUGGUACUCGGACGCCAACAUGCCCACCUCGGCACUCCAGGAAGGCUGCCAGGACAUCGCUACACAGCUCAUCUCCAACAUGGACAUUGAUGUGAUCCUGGGAGGGGGCCGCAAGUACAUGUUUCCCAAGGGGACCCCAGACCCUGAGUACCCCAGUGAUGCCAGCCAGGAUGGCGUGCGGCUAGAUGAGAAGAACCUGGUGCUGGAGUGGCUGUUGAAGCACCAGGGUGCCCAAUAUGUGUGGAACAGCUCCGAUCUCAUUCAGGCAUCCCGGGACCCAUCUGUGACCCACCUUAUGGGACUCUUUGAGCCUGGAGACACAAAAUAUGAGACCCAACGGGACCCCACAGUGGACCCCUCCCUGAUGGAGAUGACGGAGGCAGCCCUGCGCCUACUGAGCAGAAACCCCCUCGGCUUCUACCUCUUCGUGGAAGGGGGCCGCAUUGAUCAUGGUCAUCAUGAUGGCAAGGCUUAUCGCGCACUGACAGAGGCUGUCAUGUUUGACUCUGCCAUCGAAAAGGCAGUCCAGCUCACCAGUGAGCAGGACACACUGAUCCUGGUCACCGCCGACCACUCCCAUGUCUUCUCUUUUGGUGGUUACACUCUGCGCGGGAGCUCCAUUUUCGGCGUUGCCCCCAGCAAGGCCCAGGACAGCAAGGCCUACACGUCCAUCUUGUACGGCAACGGACCCGGCUUCACUGUCAAUGCGAGUGGCCGGCCAGACGUCAAUGAGAGCGAGAGUGGAAACCCCAACUACCGGCAACAGGCAGCGGUGCCUUUGUCCUCGGAGACGCACGGCGGCGAGGAUGUGGCGGUGUUCGCUCGCGGCCCGCAGGCGCACCUAGUGCACGGCGUGCAGGAGCAGAGCUUCGUUGCGCACGUCAUGGCCUUCGCCGCCUGCCUGGAGCCCUACACCGCCUGUGACCUGGCGCCCCCUGGCGGCCACACCAACGCUGCGCACCCCGGGCCGGCUGCAGGCCCACUGUCGCUGCCACUGUUGGCUGGGACCUUGCUGCUGCUGGGGGCGGCCUUUGCACCAUGACCACCCCGCCCCGAACCCAUCCCCCAGCCCAAAGACUGAACCCCUUCCGUGCCCAGGAAUGCUCUCACCUGGAGGCCUCUAUCCCCAGCCCCCACCCCGUGAUGCCACCCUAGAGUGCCCACACAGAUCUACCUCCUGACAGUCACCUCUCAGAGAUAAACCAGCCUCAGACUGUGCUGUGCUCCCCUUCCUCCUCCACAAUCCCUCCAGGGAGCAGGACCUGGGGAGUAGACCAAGACAUCCAUGCUCCUCCUGGGCUGCUGACUCCUCACCCCAACCUCUGAGGCUGGGGAUUUCGAGAGGAGGAAACAAGGGGGAUCACACCACCUGGUCUCUGCUAUCUGGAGGACCAGGAGGGACUGUCCCAGACGAGUCCCCAGCAGGCACAGUGUGCUUCUCGACGGGUCAUUCUUCGCUGCGCUGAGAGGACCUGAGAACUUGAACACAUGCACACCCCUGGGGAAGCUUAGCUUCCUGCCACCCUGCAACCCCCCCCCAAGACAGCUGCUGUGGCCAUGAUCCCCAAGGGCCUUUGACACAGUCCUCCCCUGCCCUUCACUGGGCUACCUCCACACCCCUGGAAGCGCUCAGCCGUACUGAGGAGGAGACUUGCUCUGAGUCACUCAGCUACUUGGGUGCUCUUCCCUCCACCCUCCUCUACAUUCUAGGCUGGGAGAUCCAAGGGGUGGCCUGGAAGCUGUGGGAGCUGAGUAGGGUGGAGCAGGCUAUGCCCCUCCCUGGCAUCUGGGCACUGGGCAUAGCUUUCUGUACAAAGAUGACCCUCUGCCCUCCUGGGGCCUCCAUUCUCCUGGGAGAGACAAAGCAAUAAUAAAACAAACUUUUU